CCUGGCCUCUCCCGGCCUCUGGGAUCCCACGCCGCCGAGGGGCAUCCUGCGCCUCCUCCCGCAGCAGGUACCCCGACCCCGGCUCUGCAAGUGCCCGUCCAGCCCGGGUCCUGUCCCUCUCCACCCACUGCCCGACAGGCCAGCUUCCAGGCCCUACCAUGAGCGCUCAGAGAAAGGUUCACCUGGGCACCAGCAGCUCAGCACCUCUCCCGGUCAUCAUCAUCGGCAACGGCCCCUCAGGCAUCUGCCUGUCCUACCUGCUCUCGGGACACACGCCCUACGCCAGGCCCGACGCCGUCCACCCGCACCCCCUGCUGCAGAGGAAGCUCGCCGAGGCUCCGGGCGUCUCCAUCCUGGACCAGGACCUGGAGUACCUGUCUGAAGGCCUUGAGGGCCGCAGCCAGAGCCCCGUGGCCCUGCUUUUUGAUGCCCUCCUGCGACCAGACACGGACUUCGGGGGCAACGCAGACUCCGUCCUCACCUGGAGACUGCAGAAGGAGCGGGCGGUCCCCCACCUGGUCCUGGGCCGUAACCCGCCCGGGGGGGCCUGGCAUUCCAUCGAGGGCUCCAUGGUGACCCUGAGCCAGGGCCAGUGGAUGGGGCUGCCGGACCUGGACGUCAAGGACUGGAUCCUGAAGAAACGCAGGGGCCUUCGCAACAGCCGGGCCACGGCGGGGGACAUGGCGCACUACUACCAGGACUACGUGACCAGGAAGGGCCUGGGCCCCCGCUUCGUGUCAGGCGCGGAGGUCACGGCGGUGGAGUGGGAGGGGCCCGAGCCGGGCAGCCCGGCCGCCCCCGGCCCCCUCUUCCGCGUGAGCGGCUUCCUGGCGGCCGAGGACCGGCCCCGGCGGCCCUUCGCGCUGUGGGCCCACAACGUGGUGCUGGCCACGGGCACCUUCGACAGCCCGGCCCGGCUGGCCAUCCCCGGGGAGGCCCUGCCCUUCGUCCACCACGAGCUGUCGGCCCUGGAGGCGGCCGUGCGGGCGGGCGCCGUGACCCCCGCCUCGGACCCCAUCCUCAUCGUGGGCGCGGGGCUGUCGGCGGCCGACGCGGUGCUCUACGCGCGCCACUACAACAUCCCGGUGAUCCACGCCUUCCGCCGGCCCGUGGAGGACCCGGGCCUGGUGUUCAACCAGCUGCCCAGGAUGCUGUACCCCGAGUACCACAAGGUGCACCAGAUGAUGCGCGAGCAGUCCAUCCUGUCCCCCAGCCCCUACCAGGGCUACCGCAGCCUCCCCGAGCACCGGCCGCUGCUCUUCAAGGAGGGCGGCCAGGCCGUGUUCCGGGACCCGCGGGGCGGCCAGCAGGUGUUCAGCACCUCCCUGGUGCUGGUCCUCAUCGGCUCGCACCCCGACCUCUCCUUCCUCCCCGGGGCGGGCGCCGACCUCACCGUGGACCCCACGCAGCCCCCGAGCGCCAAGAGGAACCCCAUCGACGUGGACCCCUACACCUACCAGAGCGCCCAGCAGGAGGGCCUGUACGCGCUCGGGCCCCUGGCCGGGGACAACUUCGUGCGGUUCGUGCAGGGCGGGGCCCUGGCGGCGGCCAGCUCCCUGCUGAGGAAGGCGCCCCGCAAGCCGCCCUAGCGCCCCGGCCUGCGGCCAGCCUCACGUCCU